AUGUCCAAAAUGAAAAACAUUCCGAAUAACUUAACCAAAUGGGAUCUGUCAGAGGAUUCCUUGGCACCGUUAACCAAUUAUCAAAAAGAAUGUUUAUUAAAUUUAGAAGAAGAAUUAUUUCCUGAGAGCAAGGUGAAGACUGAAGAAGCAAGUGAUACCACAUGCACAAGUGAAGAAACUAAGAAAUCAGUACAAAUAGAAAGCUGUCAAGAUCUGUUAGAACAUUAUGCCACAUUAGAAAAAAAGUGUAUGGACAAAAAAGAUGUAAAAUACAUGUUGUACCUUAAUGAACUUCAAGCUAGGCAACAAGAAUGUCGCGAACUUUGCAUUCAAAUAGAAGAAGCAUUAGAAGAUUUCACCAUGUUGUUUAAACAAUAUUCAGAAGUUUCUGAUAAGACUAUGUCCCUUUAUGAUGCCAGUGAGCAACUUGACUCUGAUCAACGGAAGCUAAAUUCUACAAUAGAAAACAUCACAGAAUAUGUGAAGUAUUUUAAGGACAUUGAUGUAAUGAUGGAGAAACUUGAAGCACCUACAUUAUCAGUGAACAGUGAAAUGUUCUUUAAUAUACUAGAUAAAAUUGAUAGAAAUAUAGAUUUUGUGCAAAAUAAUCCCUCAUUUAAAGAAAGCAACACUUAUUUAAUCAAAUAUAAACAUUGUCAAUCUAAGGCAAUAUCUAUGAUACAAAAUUAUAUUUUUAAUUUGUUUAGCAAAACAACAGAAAGUAUUUUAAAUUUGAGAGAGAAUGAUGAUUCCCAGGAUAAUGCAGAUGCAGCCUUGGCUCUUUUUUAUGGAAGAUUUCAAACUAUUUUGUCAAAAGCCAGACCAGUUAUAGAACAAAUUGAAUCAAAGUCUUAUAAAAGACAGGAGUAUGAUAGCUUAUUAUCAGAGUGCCAUCAAUAUUAUUGGAGUCAAAGGGGAUUAGUAUUGGGUAGUAGUGUACAAAAGUCUCUAAUGUCUGUAAAGGAAAAAUACAAUGGUGAUCAUUGCAGUUUGGUAAGAAAUUCAUGUGCAUUAUUAUUACAUGCAUCAAUGGAUGAAUACAAAUUAUUUUAUGAAUUCUUCUCUAAGCGAACUAAUGGUUUAACAGCAUAUCUUGAAAGUUUAUGUACUUCCUUGUAUGAUACACUGAGACCAUUUAUAAUCCAUAUUAACCAUCUGGAAACAUUAGCUGAAAUUUGUUGCAUCUUAAGAAUUGAAAUGUUAGAUGAACAUGUUCAAAAUAAUUUUGAACCUUUGGAAGGUUUUGGAAAUAUUUGUUUACAAUUAUUACAUGAUGUACAAGAGAGGCUUGUAUUUCGUGCACAUCUUUAUUUGCACUCUGAUGUUGCAAGUUAUAAUCCAUCACCUGGUGAUUUAGCAUAUCCAGAGAAAUUAAAAAUGAUGGAAGACAUAGCAGAAUCAAUCAGAGAAGAGACUUGGCAAACAAAAAUGAAAAAAAUAUCUAUUUCAUCUAAUGAUGAUAACAUUGCAGAAUCUGUGUCCAGAAAUCACAUAGAAAUGGACUCUAUUUAUCAAAAAUCACAUAUAGGCAAUUCACCAGCAGAUCUUCAUGGAAUGUGGUACCCUACUGUCCGUAGGACAUUAGUGUGUCUAUCAAGAUUAUACAGAUGUGUGGAUAGAUCUGUUUUUCAGUCUCUAAGUCAGGAAGCAAUAUUACUUUGUGUUAACAGUAUAGAAACUGCAAGCCAAGAGAUUGAAAAAAGGGCAACAUCCUUAGAUGCACAACUUUUUCAAAUAAAACAUUUGCUCAUAUUACGUGAACAAAUUGCACCAUUUCAGGUGGAUUUUACUAUUAAAGAAUACAGCUUGGACUUCUCUAAAGUUAAGACAGCAGCAUUUGGUUUACUAGAAAAAAGUUCAAGACUUUUUACAUUGUCAAAUAAUGCACUGUUAGAAUUUUUAUUAGAAGGUGCACCACAAAUGAAGGAGCAGCUAGUAGACUCAAGGAAGCAUGUGGAUAAUACAUUAAAAUAUGCUUGUCAACAUCUCAUACAGCAUGCAACAUUUUUAUUGAUACAUCCAAUUUUGAAAUUAUUAGAAAAGGAAAAAUUACAUGCUGGUAAUUCAGAGGCAUCUCAAGAACAUGCUCUGGGGAGUGCACAAGAUGUUGCUGCUGCAAUUAGCGAGGUAUUGCGGAUAAUUAAAUUUAAGUGUCCUGAAAUUCAACAACUGAUGCAACUAUAUCUUUCUAAUAAAGAGACAGAGUUUAUUUUAUUUAGACCAGUAAAAAACAAUGUCUGUGCUGCAUUUACUCAGCUAUAUCAGAUAUUGAGUAAAUAUUAUAAUUCAGAAGAACUUCUAUUAAUUGCAUGUCCAUUACCAGAACAAAUUUCUGUCAUGCUAAGCUCAUCCAGUCUUACUCAUGGAAAACAUGCACAGACUGUGAAUAAAACGUAG